GCAGCUUAGCACUAUGAGAGCUAUAAUCAUCAAGCUGAGAUGGAGAUAAGGAAAAAAAGCAGAUAAAUAAAGAGGAAUACUUCUGAAAAUUUUGGGAGGGGAGGGAGAACAGCGUCUGUUUUGUGUCCAUUUUGAACUUGAGUUAGUCUGGUGGUUUUGAUUUUAUUUUGUUUUCCUCCAAUUUUAAUGCCAAGAGAUUCAUGUCUCUAUUCUAAUCAAGUUACUUCAUUUAGGAUAAAAUCCAUCGGCUUGUAGGUAUGCUGCAAUCCAGUUUGCAGUUAUCUAAGAAAAACGCUAAAAUAUCAAAUCUCUUAGAGGGAAUAUAAUAUUUUUGCAAACAUGGGACCAAAACUUUUGUUCUUUUCUAUCAUCUUUUUUCAACACUGUGAUGGGAUGGCUGACAGACUCAGAAACAGACAUCAGUGAAAAUUAAAAAAGGCAACAUGAAGGAGCCUGAGAAGCCACGUGCAGAGGACAAAUUCUGCUGCAUUUCCAAGCUGAAGGUAUUUCUGCUGGCACUGUCACUUGCAUUCCUUGGGAAAACCAUGUCUGGUGCUUACAUGAACAGCAUGUACACACAGAUAGAGAAACAAUUCAAUAUCCCAGCUUCUUUAGUGGGCAUCAUUAAUGGGAGCUUUGAAAUUGGUAACCUGCUGCUGAUAGCAUUUGUGAGUUACUUCGGAGCAAAGCUUCACAGACCCAGAAUAAUUGCUUUGGGCUGCACAAUUCUGUCAUUUGGAUGUCUUUUGAUAUCACUCCCUCAUUUUCUGUUUGGAAGGUAUCAUAUUGAAAGCAGCAUUUCACAACGGGAAAAUUUUUCAGUGAUGCCUCUGUGCCUUGUUAAUCAAAACUUGUCCUCUUUGCCUGCAGAGGAACCAUCAGCAGAAUGUGAGAAAGAGCCUGGGUCCUUGCUGUGGGUAUUUGUGAUGGUUGGGAACAUCGUGCGAGGAAUGGGGGAAACCCCCAUCAUGCCUCUAGGCAUUUCCUACCUGGAGGAUUUUGCCAAAGCAGAGAAUUCACCUUUCUACCUGGCAUGUCUACAUACAGCAACUGUAGUCGGCCCCUUCCUUGGUUUAUUGUUGGCUUCAUUCUGUGCAGAGCUCUUUGUUGACAUUGGAUCAGUAGGUGCAGAUGAGGUGACUAUCACAGCCACUGAUGCCCGCUGGGUUGGAGCAUGGUGGCUGGGCAUUUUGAUUUGUGCACUGCUCAAUCUUCUUGUGGGAAUUCCAUUCUGGUUUUUGCCCAAGUCACUUGUGAAGGAGGGUGAAACCCAUGAACCUGAGGAGGCAGGUGAAAAAAGUGUGGCACCAUUGCAAGAAAAUGAUAAAAAUGAAACCAAGCAGACCAUGUAUGAAAUUGCUAAAGAUUUCAUCCCCUUCCUCAAGGCUCUGUUUCACAACCCCGUGUACAUGUUAUUUAUAUGCAUAACUGUGUUACAGUUCAGUGCCUUUGAUGGCAUGAUAUCCUUCAUGCCCAAAUAUCUGGAGCAACAGUUUGGAAAAUCUGCCUCAGAUGCCAUCUUUUUAAUUGGUAUUUACAACUUACCAGUUCUAUGCGUUGGGUAUUUUUCUGGCGGCUUGUUCAUGAAGAAAUUCAAGAUAAAUAUCUAUCAGGCUGCGAACAUAGCAUUUUGGGUAUCUUUACUGGAAUACCUUCUCUACUUUGCUGCCUAUUGGACUGUCUGUGAUACCUCACCAGUUGCUGGUCUAACAGUUUCCUAUCAAGGAAUAGAGCAAGUUUCCUAUGCAGAAAAUACUCUACUGGCUGGCUGCAACAUGGAUUGUGACUGCCCACUUAAAACAUGGGACCCUGUUUGUGGGACCAAUGGAAUCACUUAUGUGUCACCUUGUCUUGCUGGGUGUAAAUCCUCAAGAGGAACUGGAAGAAGUGUGGUAUUUGAAAACUGCACCUGUGUUGCAGCCUCAGGGUUUUCAUCUCAAAACAUCUCUGCAACUCUGGGCCAGUGUGAUGGACAUGAAAACUGCGACAAGAUGCUCCAUUAUUUUUUAAUAUUGUCAUUAGUCUGUAGCUUCAUUUUUUCCUUAGCAGCCAUGCCUGGAUACAUGGUCUUAAUAAGGUCUCUAAAGCCUGAAGAGAAGUCAUUUGGAGUGGGUAUCCAUGGGCUGGCUUCAAGAGUAUUUGCUGGAAUUCCAUCUCCCAUUUAUUUUGGAGCUUUGAUAGAUACCACUUGCCUGAAGUGGGGUACUAUGACUUGUGGUGGAGAAGGAGCAUGUAGGAUGUAUGAUAUUGUCACAUACAGGUGGCUCUAUCUUGGCCUGCCAGCAGUGUUACGUGGAGUUUCCUAUAUCCCAAGUACACUAGUUCUCCUCAUUUUAAAGAAGAAAGUGAAAUCUGAAAAGCCAAUCUUAACAAAUGCCCCAAUAGAAAUGCAGGAUAAAGAGCAAGAAGCAGUGAAAUAGCAUUUCACAGAAGGACAUGCUGGGAAAAAAACAUUGCAGUGUAAAUAUUGGAUAUAUCCUUGUGAAAAGUUUUGUACUUAACUAAUGAACACUUGGACAGAGAUGAAUAGAAUUACACAUAGUUGCAGCCUACUUACAUUAUAAAAGUAUCAGUUUGUAAAUACAAGGCAUGGGAAAAAUAUGUUUGGUGCAACAGAACAAGGACUAGAAACAAGAAAACUUAUGAAAUGCCAGGUUUGAGUUGUCUGAGCAAAGGGCUAUGAAGCAGAAACAUUUGUGUUCAGUGCUGUUUCACUGAAAAUAGAGAGAAAUUUGCAUUUGACUCCAAGUGAUGCUGGAUUUCAUUGUGGAAUUCUCACAGAGUUUCUGUCUCUCUCUCAUUGACUGUAGACAGCAUUUGUGGCUUCUUUGGGCCCCAGUUUUUCAUAAAUUUAUUUAAUGAUCUUAUUAGUCCUUUCAGGCAGGGAUUGUUAUUCUGCACAGUAUAGGUGGUCAAUACAUUGGAAACCUGGUUUAUGACAUGGUCUGGGUGUUGUGGUAAUAAUAAUAAAUUUAAAAAUGACAUUUUUAAAAAAUGCUGUGUUAUGGUGAUGUUUUAAGAUUUGCAUGGAUCAUUGACAAGGAAAGGUCAUCAGGAUUCAUUACUUCAGUUACCUGCUGCCCUGGGAUGUUUUAAAUAUGUAAAGAAAAAACCUCCUAAAUGUCUCAGGUGAAAAAAAGAAAAAAGAAAACCCUGUAGCUAUAAGUCAUACAAGGUGUCUGUGCUUUAAUGCAUCCAUGUUUAGUAUUUUUUUGGCACUGCCUCAUGUUUGGCCCCAGUGCAGAAGAUCCUUGGGCAUUUUGUCUGCCAGUGUCCAUGCAAUAACUUCUUAAGGGUUUUUUUUUUUUUUAUAUUCCAGGUCCUGGUUAUUAUUCCCUACUGCAUAAGGCAUGGAGGGAGUUUGUGGAACUACCACAAACCAAUGCUCCAACACCUGCAAAUAUUUUCCAAGUAUUUCCUACUUAUUUAUUCUGUAGAGCACAGACCUGCUCCCAUUUAAACCACCUGGGACCUUCUGCAGCCACCAG